CUUUGCUUUGCUUAUGGGUCAUUCGAUGCAGUUUAUUAAUGCGCGUGCAAUGUCAGAUAGAGAGGCGAAAGGGAUUAUCGCUCUUUUCAAAUUAAAAGUGCAUUGACCGGACGGAUGUUGUUUGGUUCACGUCCAUCUUUUUACUCGCUUCCGGCGACAAAAAAAAAACUUUAAAAGAAACAGAGAGAAGGAGAGUGAGCUCACUGCGUGUAUCAAUUAUCGACGUAUUGACCCAUUGGGCAUAGCCCAACUAUCGCCACCUAAUCACAUAUCAUUAUCUAGAUUAGCGCACAUCACCGACAGCUAUGUUACCCAUGAAACCCAUCAUUAUACACGCGCUCCUCGCUGCAAAAAUUACAUUGAUAACAGCCUCAGAAGCAGCAGCAUCGACCAUCAACUGCUCCAAAAAUAAUACAAAAAAAAAGAUAAACAUGAAGCUGACGACGUCGCUUCUCCUCGUUCUAUGCGCGAACGAAAUCCACGGACUUUUGUAUCCGAAAACUUCUGAGAGCCGAGAGAUCAUCUCCCUCGACGGUAUUUGGAACUUCCUCGUCGAUACCACAAGCAUCGGAGAUCUAGUCUGGUUCAAACCAAAGAUGGAUAAAAGGAAUGAUGCAACUUUAAUGCCUGUACCUUCGAGCUACAACGACGUUUCCACUGAGUUAAACGUUCGUGAACACGUUGGUGCAGUUUGGUACGAAAGAUCGUUUUUCACGCCAAAUUCUUGGAAGGAAAAUCGCGUUUGGUUAAGAUUUUCAUCCGUCCAAUAUUCCUCUCAAGUGUGGAUUAACGAUAGAUUCGUUGGAGCGAACGAGAUGGGUCAUCUACCAUUCCAAUUCGACGUUACAAAUUACCUUAAAUUCGGAAGAGAAAACAACGUGACUGUCUCAUGCGACAACACUUUACUCCCCUUCACGAUUCCUCAAGGAAACAUCAGCCUGGUCGAAACAGAUGACGGCGUGAAGUUACAGCAAACGUACACCUUCGACUUCUUCAAUUACGCGGGGAUUCACAGAUCCGUGCUCCUUUACACAACCCCAAAGAUUUACAUCGAAGAUGUCCACAUCAAAACUCUCUCAUUAACUGAAGGAUCUGCAAUCGUUCAAUUCAACGUGUCGACUAUAGGAUCUCGCAAUGUCGAAGUGCAUCUUCACGAUCAAGACGAGAAAUUGAUUGUUAAAACUUUAGGUUGUUUAGGGAAUGUAACUGUGCCACGAGCGAAUCUCUGGUGGCCGUACUUGAUGCAUCAAAAUCCUGGUUAUCAAUACACCUUUACAUUUCUUUUGUUGGAUUACGAUGGACGUGUUUCGGACGUUUACAGGGAGAAAUUCGGUAUCAGAGUGUUAGAAUGGAACGAAGAUGAGUUCAAGAUCAACGGAAAACGCAUUUAUUUGCACGGAUUUGGGAAGCACGAGGAUUCUGACAUCAGAGGUCGAGGAUUCGAUUUGGUCACGACUAUGAGAGAUUUCAAUUUGAUCAAGUGGAUCGGAGGAAACGCUUUCCGCACCUCGCAUUAUCCUUAUUCUGAAGAAAUCAUGGAUUUGGCUGAUCGUUUGGGAAUCAUGGUCAUCGACGAGUGUCCUGCUGUUAAUAUCGACUUCGUUUCUCCAAAGCUUCUGGAAAAUCACAAAGAUUCGAUUGAGCGUUUAAUGAAUAGAGAUAAAAAUAGACCUAGCGUUAUAGCUUGGUCCAUCGCGAAUGAGCCAAGAUCUCACAAGAAGAAUACCGGACAAUACUUCAAGAACGUGGUGGAUUUCGCCAAGAGCUUAGAUCAAAGUCGACCUGUAACAGCUUCUUUGAAUCGCGGUUAUUUCGAAGAUCAAUUGGCUCAAUAUUUGGAUAUUAUCAGUUUCAAUCGUUACAAUUCUUGGUAUCAAAACGAAGGAAAAUUGGAUAUGAUUGUUAAACGUGUAGUCGAGGAGGCGACGAACUGGAGGAAGAAGUUCAUGAAACCUGUACUCAUGUCUGAAUACGGAGCCGAUACUUUGGAGGGAUUGCAUUUCCUUCCUGAUUUCAUCUGGUCGGAGGAAUAUCAAAUAGCCGUGUUAUCCAACCAUUUCAAGGCGUUCGAUUCGUUGAGGAAUUCGAGUUGGUUUCUUGGGGAAUUUGUUUGGAACUUUGCCGAUUUCAAAACAUCACAAAAGAUUAACAGAGUUGGUGGUAACAAGAAAGGUCUGUUCACAAGGAAUCGUCAACCGAAAGCCUCGGCGUUCCAUCUGAGAAGACGGUACCACCGAUUGUCCAACGAGUUAUACAACUCUCCUCUGCCGGGCGAUUUGGACGAUUACGUCUGCAGCAACGAGCGUUAGAGCGCACAUAUAAAAAGCUCUAGCAAACACAUUUAAUCCUCAGUUUUGUUUGUCGGUCGCAUUCAGUUUUUAUCAUUGUCCUGAAGUUUAGAAAUAAAGUUGCAAUUGGCAUUAUUAUCUUUACGGAAUCUAGUUUGUUUGUUUGUUUGUUUCGGUCAGAGUAAACAGAAGAGGGACUGGGACGUUGUCCCAAUAGCCUAGAUUUGGUGAAAAAGGGGCACUCCGCACCUCGGAUUCGCUGCCAAACAAAAGAG